AUGGCCCGUCAAUUAGAAGAUGCUCAAAGCUUCACUCAAACCAUCAAACAUGAAUUGUUUGCUCCUGAAAACCGUCAAGGAAACAUGAACAUCGCCUUAUCCGUUACCGUCUUCACUGGUGCUGUGGUCUUCCUCCGUCAAUUUGGUCAAUUGUUGGCUGUUUAA